AUGAGAUUCUCCGACAUUGCCCCCGCCGGCAUUCUGCUCGCCUCAGCAGCAGGCGUCGCAGCGCAAUGCAGUCUCCCCUCGACCUACUCCUGGACAUCAACGGGUCCCCUUGCGAACCCCAAGUCAGGCUGGGCCUCCCUGAAGGACUUCACCGCCGUCCCCUACAACGGGCAGCACCUCGUGUACGCCACGACCCACGACCAGGGCUCGUCCUGGGGGUCGAUGAACUUUGGCCUCUUCUCCGACUGGUCUCAGAUGGCCUCGGCUAGCCAGAACGCCAUGACGAACUCGGUCGUCGCGCCGACCCUUUUCUUCUUCCGCCCCAAGAACAUCUGGGUGCUGGCGUACCAGUGGGGCCCGACGGCCUUCUCAUACAGGACCUCGAGCAACCCCACCAACGGGAACGGCUGGUCGGCCGCGCAGCCCCUCUUUUCCGGCACUAUCUCGGGCUCCAGCACGGGGCCGAUCGACCAGACGCUCAUCGGCGACAGCCAAAACAUGUACCUCUUCUUCGCCGGCGACAACGGCAAGAUCUACAGAGCCAGCAUGCCCAUCGGCAACUUCCCCGGCAACUUUGGCUCCUCGUCCCAGGUCAUCCUCAGCGACACGACCAACAACCUCUUCGAGGCCGUGCAGGUGUACACCGUCAAGGGCCAGAACAGGUACCUCAUGAUCGUCGAGGCCGUCGGCGCCAACGGGAGGUACUUCCGGUCCUUCACUGCCACCAGCCUCGGCGGCUCGUGGACCCCGCAGGCCGCCACCGAGAGCAGGCCCUUCGCCGGCAAGGCGAACAGCGGCGCCACCUGGACCAACGACAUCAGCCACGGCGACCUGGUCCGCAGCGACCCCGACCAGACCAUGACCGUCGACCCGUGCAACCUGCAGCUGCUUUACCAGGGACGUGCCCCGAACUCUGGUGGUGAUUAUGGCAGACUCCCUUACAGGCCUGGUCUGCUUACGCUGAAGAAGUAA